GGAGCCCGGCGGGGCGGCCGCUGCGCUUCUGCGGCAGAAGAGGGCAGCGCUGCGGCGCAGGGGGUGCAGCUUCGAGAGCCCCAGCUCGGCACCUCAGCCUCCAGGCCCACUGAUGGAUCCGCUGACCAAAGGGUCCUGUAGGAGUCAGAUGGCACAAACUCUUCUAUGGAAAGCCAAGUCAUCUCUGUCAUUUGGAAUCCAGCCUCUUCAGACAUGGCCAACAGAAGACCCUGAAGUAGAGUCGCAGGUCAACCUCUCUGUCUCGGAAGACCUAGGCUGUAGACGUGGGGAUUUCAGUAGGAAACAUUAUGGAUCUGUGGAGCUGCUUAUUUCCAGUGAUGCCGAUGGAGCCAUCCAAAGGGCUGGAAGAUUCAGAGUGGAAAAUGGCUCUUCAGAUGAGAAUGCAACUGCUCUCCCAGGGACGUGGCGAAGAACAGACGUGCACUUAGAGAACCCAGAAUACCACACCAGAUGGUAUUUCAAGUAUUUUUUAGGACAAGUCCAUCAGAAUUACAUUGGAAAUGAUUCAGAGAAGAGCCCCUUCUUCCUGUCUGUGACCCUCUCUGACCAAAAUAAUCAGCGUGUCCCUCAAUACCGAGCAAUUCUUUGGAGGAAAACAGGUACCCAGAAAAUAUGCCUUCCGUACAGUCCCACAAAAACUCUCUCUGUGAAGUCCAUCUUAAGUGCCAUGAACCUGGACAAAUUUGAGAAAGGCCCCAGAGAAAUUUUUCAUCCCGAGAUCCAAAAGGACUUGCUGGUUCUUGAAGAACAAGAGGGCUCUGUGAAUUUCAAGUUUGGGGUUCUCUUUGCCAAAGACGGGCAGCUCACGGAUGAUGAGAUGCUCAGCAACGAAAUUGGAAGUGAUGCUUUUCAAAAAUUUUUAAAUCUUCUGGGUGACAAAAUCACCCUAAAGGGCUGGACAGGCUACCGCGGCGGUCUGGACACCAAAAAUGACACCACAGGGAUACAUUCAGUUUAUACCGUAUACCAAGGGCAUGAGAUCAUGUUUCACGUUUCCACCAUGUUGCCGUAUUCCAAAGAGAACAAACAGCAGGUGGAGAGGAAGCGCCACAUUGGAAAUGACAUCGUCACCAUUGUGUUCCAGGAGGGAGAGGAGCCUUCUCCUGCCUUUAAGCCUUCCAUGAUCCGCUCCCACUUUACACAUAUUUUUGCCUUAGUGAGGUAUGAUCAACAAAAUGACAAUUACAGGAACAAGCGUGGGCUGGAUUCAGUUCUGGGAACCAUGUCUCCUCUUCCAGAUGACCUUCCAUCAGUGCCCGUGUUUGACAAAACCCUGCCAGUGAAGCAGAUGCAUGUGCUCGAGACUCUGGACCUUCUGAUCCUCAGAGCAGACAAAGGGAAAGACGCCCGCCUCUUUGUCUUCAGGCUCAGUGCUGUGCACAAGGCCAUCGAGGGCAAACAGGCUGUGAGGAGCAAGUGUGACUGCAGGGAUAACAAGCUGGAGAAAACAAAAGGCUGCCACCUGUAUGCCAUUAACACUCACCACAGCAGAGAGCUGAGGAUAGUCGUCGCUAUCCGGAACAAACUACUCCUGAUCACGAGGAAGCACAAGCCAGGCGGGGUGGCCAGCAUCCCCCUGCUGUCUCCCCUGUUGGAGUCACCUGUGGAGGAAUUCCAGUACAUCCGGGAGAUCUGUCUGUCCGACUCUCCCGCGGUGAUGACCUUAGUAGAUGGGCCAACCGAGGAGAGUGACAAUCUCAUCUGUGUGGCUUACCGUCACCAGUUCGACGUGGUGAACGAGAGCACGGGGGAGGCCUUCCGGCUGCACCACGUGGAGGCCAACAGGGUUAAUUUUGUGGCAGCUAUUGAUGUGUACGAGGAUGGAGAAGCCGGGCUGCUUUUGUGUUACAACUACAGUUGCAUCUAUAAAAAGGUUUGCCCAUUUAAUGGGGGCUCUUUUUUGGUUCAACCCUCUGCGUCAGAUUUCCAGUUCUGUUGGAACCAGGCUCCUUAUGCGAUUGUGUGCGCUUUCCCGUACCUCCUGGCCUUCACCACCGACUCCAUGGAGAUCCGCCUGGUGGUGAACGGGAACCUGGUCCACACAGCCGUCGUGCCGCAGCUGCAGCUCGUGGCCUCCAGGGUGAGCAGCACCUGAGCUCCAGGAGGGCGUGGAUGCUAUCUCACGGAGUUAGGCCCCUUGUGUGCCAGAGGGAGAGCAUCCACAGCAGAACCCCCAUGGGGUUUUCGUGUGUGGCCCCCUCGGGCCCCCCUCGUGUGUGGCCACUCAGUGCAGGUAGCAGUUGUGAAGCUCUGAAGCUCUGGGCUGAAGAGAGGAAUGUGCCAUCAGGCUGGGUUAGGUCAGGGGGGUCCCCGCUGCCCCGAGGGACAGCCCAAGUCCAGAAAAGGAAGAGCUUGUGGUAUCCCCAUUCUUCCUUUGCCGCUUUCCAUCCUCAGCUCGAUUUUUGUGGCCCGUGAAAUAUGGCUAACUGACUAAUCCAUGUCCUGAAACAGAGUUUGAGCAAAACCAAGGGACACGGGAACGGAGAUGACUUCCCAAGGUGUCUUUGUCGCUGGCACACAAUCCAAGAGGUCUUGUCCUAGCCCCUCCCGCGCCAGCCACACAGUCCGCCCCGUCCCUGCCAGGCCGGCUGGGCCCCCCUGCUCAGCCCCCGUGGUGCCUUCUCCAUCCCGACAUGCAUCCCCUUUGGGGGGUGGCUGACUGCCUAUCUGCCUCCCCUACUACGCUGACAGUUCCAGGAGUCGGGGACUAGCACAGCGCCAGGCGUGUGCUGGUAAAGGUUGAACCACCAGCCCUCCGGAGCCUGGAAGUCAGAGUGUGUGUGUGUGUGUGUGUGUGUGUGUGUGUGUGUGCACAUACAUAUGUAUGUACCUCAGUCGGUUAUAAAUUUUGCUGAUAGAAAAAUUAAAAUAGCUUAUGGUUUACAAAGAAUAAAAGGUAUAGUGUUUUUAUCUUGAAAUCCGUUAGGCCAGUCGGCUCUCACAAAAUACUUUUCGUUAGUUUUUGCUAACUGUGGGUAGGGCCUACCCUGAUUUUACAGCUGGGGGUUGUAGCUCAGUACAUUAACUCUUUUUCCAAUAGGCUGGCUGUCAUGAAAUCUGAUAUGUGAUCUACUAUUAAAGUAUUUCUCACUCUCAUACAAACCGGUCAUUAAACCAAAAUUUCUUUCACUUCCAACACUAGCCUCAACACACUUCUGCUUUCAGUCUUCACUAUUAUAAAUUUUCUCCAUCCCAUUAAGCCCAGACGGUCAACAAAACAACAAAUCCAGCUCUGGUCUGUAGUGUCUGCCCAUUUCCAUGGUGUAAAUAGUCCCGCCAUCAGGACGUCCAGCUUCCAGUGUGAAAGUUGAUGUAAAUAACCUCAAGAACAUAGAUCAUGGUAAACAUAGUCAAAGAAUUAGGAAUGGUCAAAUUCUGACAUUUAGUACCUUUGGUUUUUUUUGGUUUUUUUGGUUUUUUUUUAAAGAUUUUAU